AUGACCCACACCGACAAUGAAUGGCAUGCACUCUGUGAGAAGAUGAAGGGACUAGUGCCCGAGGAAAUUGGAGAACAGGCAUGGACAUUAGUUACUGCUGCAACUUUAGCUGCCUCACCAUCCACCGACCUCAUGGGCAACUUUUAUUCCUACCUGACUCGACAUGAUCCUCAUUUUUCGUCUGAGGACGCUCAGCAUCGGCUUUCAAUCAAAUUUCGGGAUAUUCUUCUCAAGCUUAUUACCCUGGUGGGAGCUCCGCGAGUGCUUUGCGUUUUGAUGCCGUUGGCGGAGGCCGAAGGAAACGUCAAAGCGAAGUCCGCGAAAAGCUCACUUGAUGAGAAGUGGAAACCUGAAAACAUGGACGUGCAGGCAAUAUACGAUCGAGGUACAAAGACUAUCAACGCGAUAUAUGGUUCAUCUCUUCUACCUAAGAUUUUCGAUACCUGGGGCGCCCACAAGGAAGACGUCAAGUUCAACGAGAUUUUCGCGAUUUAUGGUCUCUACCUCUCAGAUUUUGACAUUUUGACAGCGCUCGAGACCGAAGCCGUUGUAUACGCGACUAUCUCCUGUCUUGGACUGGGCGGGCCUGGUAACUGGCAUCUUCGAGGAAUGGGGCGAAUGCUAGGCGCAAAAGGCCCGGACAGUGACACUGACGAAGUAAAGCAUAUCAAGGGCCAAUUGAACAACUUGCGGGAGGCGGUCAUGAGUGUUGUUCGGUUUACUGGGGACGAUUUCGUUCACAGGGCAAGAUUGGACAAAUGGGCUAUCGUCGAGAGUAUGCUUAGUGAGUUUGAGAGCUGGGGGGAUGAUGAGUAG